AUGACCCGCCCAUCGAAAAGAAAAAUUAGCGCAAAAGAACAAGAACGAGAAAGUAACGGAAGGUUCGCAAAAAAAGCACAGAUCAUUGAUGAUUGGGGAGAUGAUGAAGACAGUAGUUGGGAUGACCACAAUAACAGUUGGGAUGACCACGAUAAUAGUUGGGAUGGCCACGAUAAUAGUUGGGAUGAUGAUUUGUCAAAUGAAAAAAAAGUUGAAGUUGAGUUAGUUUGGUCAAAUGAUGCACAUUUAGAAAAAAAGCGUGGAUCUUACCUUACUGGAAAAACGAAGAAAUCAACUUAUUUUGAUAAAUAUGGGCCAAGUGGCUCUUUCACGAAAGCUGCAAAAGGAACCGCAAAAAUAACAACAUUUUUAAAUAAAAGUUUGGUUCCAGAUGACUUUGAUGAAAUUUUUGACGAAUUAGAAAAUGAACGGAACAAUCAACUUGAUUUGAAUGAAAGAAUCGAACAAUUGAAAAAGGAACUUAAAGAACAGCAAAAAUUACUAACA